AUGACGGCGAGAAGGAGUAAAAGAAUUGCUGAGAGAAGAAGAGGUGAAAUUGAAAAUCAACCAGAGGUGGGAAUAGAAAAUAUUCAAGGAAAUGGAGAUCCAAUUGGAGCUCAACGUACACAAGAACAGAACAAUCCUAUUGAUUAUGAUAGAGUAAGCAUGCUUACUUCACAAACUGAUUCUACUGAAGAAAAUGAGCAAAGAGAUGUGGAAAUGGGAAUGAUAGAAAGAGAUGAUAAUACAAUUGCAGAAUUAAGACAAAGAUUGAUUGCAGAAAGACGUAGAGAAGAUGAAAUACAUGCGAACUUGAUACGACAAAAUGAUGAUUUGAGGGAAGAAAAUCUUACAUUGCAAGAUCGGAGAUCCAGAAUUGCAACCAGUAUAAGAUCGAGAUCAAGAAACAAUAGAAGUUUAUCAAGACAAAGUAAAUCUAACCAAGAACAUGAUCGAAGAGAACGAAAUCUAGGUGUUGUUGACGAAAACUUACAGUUAGAUGACAAUCAACAAGAUCGAUAUGAGCAACCACGAGAACAUCAUCAUAGGAGAGAAAAUCAAAGGAUUGACAUGUAUCAAAAUGCUGGAGAGCGUCAUCAUCAUAAUGAGGAACACGGUCCAGAACAAGGGAGAUCCUUAUUAUAUGAUAGGGAAAUGUUGCGAGAUCAAUAUGCACGUGAAGGCGAAGAAGAAAGAAAUAAUCAAGUUCGUGAACGUGAAAGAGCCGAAAAUGGAAGACGUAGACGAAUAAGAGAAGAAACUGGAGAAAUAGAGAUACAAGAAGCCAUACGACAAAAUAAUCAUGAAAAUAGGUUGAGACAAGCAAGAUUAAAAAUACAUAUGCAAUACAAUUUAGAUCAAUCUAUGAGUGAAGAAAUUCUUAAAGAAAUGGCAGAAUUACGAGAAAUGAUGGUUGUGCGAAAAAUGGUGGAAGAAGACAGUUAG